AUGAGCCGAGAAGCAAGCCCCGAAAGGGAUUUCUCGUUGCAAAAAUACGCUCUUCUGCAAGAACAGCACGAUUCUCUUCAAGAGCGGCUGCGCCUAUCCGUCUUGUCACCCUCUGCUAGCCAGUCUUCCACAUCAUCCGUUUCCUCCAAUGCUGUAUCAGAAUCGUCCUCGCCAUGCCAACCCUCAUUCCUUCCGCCAAAAUUCCACGAACCCGAAUAUGACUUGGAUGAGACAAAGCUCUACGGGGUCAAUCAUCAAAUCAAGACGACCCUGACGGGCUUGUUGAAUUGCGAGUCGGUCAAGCAUGAUGCUGCGUUCCGUAGCUGGGUCCAGUCACGGUUGAUGGAUGCCGAAAUGGAACUUCGAGCUCAGAAACGCAGACGAAGCUCUGUCAGCGAGGAGGUUGUCGAUAACAUCCGGCACAUGCUGGAUUGA